UCGAAGUUUCUUAGUUUGACUUCAGCUUGACCUAAGAAAAUACCUUUUUUUUAGAUGACGUUUUAGUUUUUAGGAGACUUUUCGGUUUUUUAAAUUUUUUUAUUUAUUAUUAUUUCUCUGAUUAUUUCGGAGGUGAUGCGGCGAUUGUGUGGAGUGUUGAUGCUCGGCUGCGCGCUGGUGCUCGUGCGCGCUCAGUUCCCGCGCGUGUGCGUGACGCCGGACGGUCUCAGGAGCGCGCAGUGCUGCCCGUCCCCGCUCGGUGUGGACAACGACCCAUGCGGCGCGAGCUCCGGCCGCGGCCAGUGCGUGACCGUGAGCGCGGAUGCGCGUUCACACGGGUCGCAGUACCCGUACGACGGGCGCGACGAUCGCGAGCGCUGGCCGCUGCGCUUCUUCACGCGCGCGUGUCGGUGUAACGGGAACUACAGCGGGUUUGAUUGCGGCCGCUGCAGACACGGAUUCACCGGUGACGCGUGCGAGCGAUCCGUGCCCGUGGUCAGAAGGAAUGUGAUGCAGCUGAGCGCGGAGGAGAAGCGCGCCUUCGUGAACGCGCUCGACCAGGCCAAGCGCGCGCCCCACCCGGACCUCGUGAUCGCGACCCGCCGGUACGCAGAGAUUUUCGGGCCGGACGGAAACACCGUUCAGUUUGAGAACAUCAGCAUCUAUAACCUGUUCGUGUGGUCUCACUAUUAUUCGGUCAGUAAGACGUUCCUCGGGCCAGGGCAGGACAGCUUCGGCGGGGUGGACUUCAGUCACGAGGGUCCUGGGUUCGUCACCUGGCACCGGUACCAUUUACUGCAGCUGGAGCGAGACAUGCAGGACAUGUUAGGUGAUCCGAGCUUCGCUCUUCCAUACUGGAACUUUGCGAUCGGCGGCAGUGAGUGUGAUAUCUGCACGGAUGAUCUGAUAGGAGCACGCAGCACCUUCGACAUGAACUCCAUCAGCACAAACUCCGUCUUCUCCCAGUGGAGAGUCAUAUGUGAGAGUGUGGAGGAGUACGACACGCUAGGAACCAUCUGCAACAGUUCGGAGAGCAGUCCGAUCAGGAGAAAUCCAGCCGGGAAUGUUGCUCGUCCGAUGGUGCAGCGACUGCCGGAGCCGCAGGAUGUAGCGGCGUGUUUAGAGCUCAACGCGUUUGACACACCGCCGUUUUACUCCACGUCAUCUGAGAGCUUCAGAAACACUAUUGAGGGUUACAGCGCCCCUCAAGGGAACUAUGACCCUGUCGUGCGAAGUCUGCAUAAUCUGGCCCAUCUGUUCCUGAACGGGACGGGUGGACAGACGCACCUGUCGCCCAAUGACCCCAUUUUCGUCCUGCUUCACACCUUCACUGACGCCAUCUUUGAUGAAUGGCUGCGCAGACACAGUCCAGAUUCUUCUGUGUACCCGCUGGAAAACGCCCCCAUCGGUCACAACCGACAGUUCAACAUGGUGCCGUUCUGGCCGCCGGUCACCAAUGCAGAGAUGUUUGUCACGGCGUCUGAGAACCUCGGUUACUCCUAUGAGGUCCAGUGGCCUGCUCGUCCUCUCACGAUGACUGAGAUCAUCACUGUUGCCGUGGUUGCUGGUCUUGUCUUGGUGGCGAUUAUUUUUGCCGCCACCACAUGUGCCGUCCGCGCGCGGUCUUACGGGAUGGAGGCCCGGCAGCCGUUGCUUGGAGACCAGUAUCAGCGCUAUGGCGACCACGAGAGACGCUCGGACAAAACACAGUCUGUAGUAUAAACACUUCAGCUCCUGAACACUACAUUAACUUAUUUCUCAUCUUGUUAUCUAAAACUUUUUUUGGAGAGAGAGAGAUAGAUAAAAUGGACUUUGACAUACAUAAUUUUGUGAUUCUAAUAAUGACCACUUCUUAGCAAAGUUGGCAAUGAAAGGUGCUGUAAGCAGUUUUGUGGAAUAAGACCCAUAGAAUAUCGCUACUACACUCUUAUCCAAUCAGAAAUGCUCUUUGCCUGUCAAUCAUUGUGCACCUUUGGGUUUGCAGCCAUCGGAUUGGCUGACAUGUCUUCGGAGGGCGGGGCUUUUAAGGUGCAAGCACGAUAGUUUCCAUAAAAGAUAUUUACAAAGCAUAAUUGUAUUUCAUGUAAUUGUUUUAAAUGUGGAUAUCUAAAAGACUAAGAUUCUAAAGAACUAAAUAAACCACCACUAAACCGU